UAAUUCAGACCAAAAACACCACUUUCGGUCAAAAUAUUCCAUAAUAAUAAUUCCAUCUGUACGAAAAUCUUUCAUAGAUUUUACUUCCCGGUGAUCGGCGAUUCAUUAACUCCAGAUCUCCGCCGCUACACGGCGGCGCUACCGUCGCAACAAAUCACUAGUUAAGGUAACACAUAAUCCAGAUCUCAUUAAUUUUCAUUGGUCAAUUUUUUAUUUCAUUUUCAAUUUCACAUCUAAUCAAAAAUAUAUACAUAAACAUAUAUAAUAUAUAUAAAGUAAGAUACUUUAUAGUGAAUAAUGAAUUCAAAUCGAUCUGGGUCUUUUGAUUUUGAUCUGGGUAUAAAUUCAAAUCGAUCAAAGCCUCUAAAUGCACAAAAAAACAAUAAUAAUAAUAAUAAUAACAAUAAUAGUAAUAGUUAUGCAAACCGGAAUUUGAACCAAACGACGUCGUAUUGGCAACCAAAUAAGCCUUCAUGGACCCACCAACCAGCUGCUCCUACACAGUCAGCUGGGGUGUUAAAUGGGCCCACUUCUAUGGUAGGAGAUAUUACAGGAAGAAGCUGGGCUUCCUCUGCACCGAGUGGCGGUAGUGGGAAUAUCGGGAUUGCGAAUAAGAAUCCGAAUUUGUUUAGUGAUUUGCUUGGAUCAAAUUUGGGAGGUGGGAAAGGGAGCGGUGGGAAUGUGCCAUUGAAGAAUGUUGGUGGGUCGGGUGUCGGUGUGAGAAGUGCGUAUUCGAUGGGGAAUAUGGCUGAUGCGUUGCCGAAAAAUGGUGGGACGGGUUUGGGGGGUGGUUCGUCGCGAGGUUUUGGGAAUUAUAAUACGAGUGGAUAUGGGAGUGUUAAUAAGAGUCAAAAUCUUGGUGGGCCGUCGAUGAAAAGUGGAAAUGUGAGUGGUGGAGGGAUUGGUUUGAAUAAGGAUCCGUUUGGGUCGUUGGUUGAUUUUAGCUCUAAGUCGGCUGCUGGGGUGAAAGCGGGAAAUAAGACAAGUGUGCCGAAAACAUCGGGGGAUGAUUUGUUUGGUGGGUUUCAAAAUGCGUCAAAAGGUAGUACGCAGAAUCAGACACCAGUUCAGUCAUUGGGAAGUAAUGUUUUUCAAAGUAAUAAGAGUUCGAUGGGUUCAAGCAUGGGUUCUCAGUCAAAAAUUGAUGAUUUUGGUUUUGGUGAUAUGCAAAAUCCGCCACCAGUUCAAUCAUCGGGAGGGAAUGAUUUUGAUGUGUUGUUCCCUUCGUCUUCAGUUUCCGCUGGUAAUCCUGCAAAGGGUUCGGACAGUUUUGUGAACGAGCAAUUUGUAGGGGCUGAGAAUUGGUCUUUCGAAUCUGAUAUCGGUGGUGGUGGUGGUGAUCAUGUGGGUGGAACGACUGAGCUUGAAGGACUUCCUCCACCCCCUUCUGGAGUGACAUCUUCAUCGGCGAAGAGUAAGGGAAUGGAUAAUUAUAAGGCGGGACAGUAUCCAGAUGCCAUCAAGUGGCUAUCUUGGGCUGUUGUACUUUUGGAAAAGUCUGGUGAUAAUGCGGGAACUAUGGAAGUCUUGUCAUCCAGAGCUUCAUGUUAUAAAGAAGUUGGGGAAUAUAAGAAGGCCGUUGCUGAUUGUUCAAAGGUGCUGGAGCAAGAUGGCAAAAACGUGUCUGUCUUGGUACAACGUGCACUGUUGUAUGAGAGCAUGGAGAAAUACAAGCUUGGAGCCGAAGAUCUCAGAACUGUCAUGAACAUAGAUCCUGGAAACCGGGUUGCAAGAAGCACCAUACACCGCCUCACCAAAUUGGCCAGCUGAGCAAAGAAUUUAAAUUGAGUAUUGUCACGUAACCUUUCUUUUAUUUGUGUUUACAUAUUUCUGUAUUAUACCCCCUUUAAUACCAAAUUUAUGGGCAAUAAUCGUCGAAAAAAGUAGUUAUUUAAUACCUCUGGGUUUUACAAAAUCAUAAGUGUUGUAUUCCUGGUCUCAUGUUGCAUUAUAGUGUGUCACUCAUUCAUUUUGUCCUGUUUUUCUUGUAAUGACUGUAAAAAUGACUUAUUCAUGAAGCCUUUUCCUUUGACAAUAUAGUUGCGAUUUUCUUA